AUAUAUUUAGAGAAUAUUGAAUUGCAUAAAGGAUUGGUACGUGAGUGGUUAAGCACUUAACUUAUGACUUGUUGUUUGUGUUUUCAAGUGACACACUUGAAAAAUAAGAAUAUAUAAUAUAAAGACUAAUAUAGUAAAUAUCAACAGAAUGAUUGAAACAGAACAACUAAACACAACGUAAAUCAAAUUUAGAAUAGACAUAAAGAGAUUAUUUUACGUGUGACUGACCUUGAAAACAGAACUUUUGUCGGCUUAGUAAGAGAUUCUCGAUGCCUAACGUUCGUGUUCAGUGGUGAAAUAUUUCUUUUUAGAAUAUGACCUACAAUAGUAAAUCAAGAUUUUCUUUUGAUUCUAUCAAAAUCAAAUUUAUGUUAGUGAUUUUGUUAAUCUUAAUAUAUGUUGACCAGUCAAUGACAACUAAAUGUUACACCUCAUGCACAUGUGAUCAGUUCCAGACUGAUAUGGAAUGUAAAAAGCCAUGGCCCAGCUCAUUUCCAAUGAAUGUGACAAAAUUGAACCUGACUUAUAAUGACGUCAGCUUUUUUCAACUUUGGUCAAUCAGAACCCUUCUGAAUUUAAAAGAAUUAUCUCUGGAACAUAAUAGAAUAUCGUUUAUUCAAGAAGGGGCAAUCAGGGAUCUUCCCACUUUGAAUAGUUUAUCUCUGGAACAUAAUACGAUAUCGUAUAUUGAAGAAGGAGCAAUCAGGGAUCUUCCCACUUUGAAUAGUUUAUCUCUGGAACAUAAUAGAAUAUCGUUUAUUCAAGAAGGGGCAAUCAGGGAUCUUCCCACUUUGAAUAGUUUAACAUUGAAAUAUAAUAAAAUCAGCUAUUUUGAGGAAGCUGCAUUGAAAAACUUGACCGAACUAAAGAAUUUAGCGAUGAAAUAUAAUAAUAUCACCUAUUUUAAUGAAGCUGCAUUUAAAGACCUUCCCAAGCUAGAGAAUUUAUAUCUAUAUUAUAACAGAAUCACAUUUAUUUCAAACGGAAAGUUCAGAAAUCUUAACAAUUUAAAGUCAUUGCAUCUCUAUGGAAAUAGGCUGCCAUCCAUCCCAUCAACAAUGUUUCAACAUCUGCCAUCUUUGGAGAAAUUAAUUUUGAGGAACAACCAAAUCAGGCGUUUUCAAGAUGGUUCUUUCUUAUUUCUCCCCAAUAUAAUUGAAAUUGACUUGAGAGACAAUAAAGACUUGUUCUGUGGAUGUCAUUUGCCAGCUGUUGUUGAUUAUAUAAAUAAAACAUAUAACAGACACGUGAUUGUCAGGAGCCACUGCAAUAUGGGGCAUGGCCCAAACCAACUAAAUAUAAUACAUCCAUCAAGAUAUCCAUUAUGUCAUGAUUACUCACUUUUUCAAAAAAAAUUGCAGUGUCAAACAUGUUCAGGGCUCAAGUGCUAUAACCCAGAAGUGACUAAUUGUUAUGAUGCAGAGCCUUUUUGCAUGAGCAGAAUAUCAAUGACUGGCCAUUCAAUCAAGUUUGAAAAAUCAUGCAGCACUUACAGAAAAUGUAUCGAAGCAGAGAAAAAGAAUGUAUUUACCUGCAAAACCUUGAACAACGGCAGUUCUUGUGUUACUUGUUGUACCGGAAAUUUAUGUAACAAGAAUGAUUUAUUUAGUUUCACAGGGUCCUUUCAUUUUCCAUUGAGUUUUGCAAUAAAUUUGACAACUUAUAACUGGAACAGGAAUGCCAUUGAGUUUAAAAACACAGCUGGAAUUAGACUUAGUGCUGAAAUGCAGAUGGAAUUGGAAUCAAAACUUGCAGGUUCAACCAAAGUUGAGUAUUGUGGAUUCCGCCAAAAUCAAGUAAUGUUUGAUAUUUACUGCACAGUGCUCAAAAUAAUUUCUGAAGAAGAACUUCUUAGCAAUAUAAAAACUAUUCUGCAUGCAUCAAAGAGAUUUGACAUACUAAAUAGAAUUCAAAGAACUGGGACAGGUUUUUGCUGUGAAAGUACUACAUCAACUAACAAAGAAACUUUGUAUUGGCCAGUAACUAAAAUAAGAACAACUGUGAAGAUUCCAUGUUAUGCAAGUAUGGCUACAAGAUACUGCAACUCACAACCAACCCAAUGUCUGUCACCAUCAAAUUGUCAACGCAAUUCUUUGUGGGGAGAACCAGACAUCUCUGAAUGCAACAAUACUGAUUGGAUUACUCGAAAGCUCAAGGACAUGGAACAAUAUGAUAUUGAAAAGCAAAAUACUGAGGAUUUAUCCACACAACUUUUGUAUGUUACCCAAAAGUCACCGUACUUCAAAGUAAAAGACAUCAACUUGGCUGUAAACAUUUGUGAGAAUAUAGCAUCACAAGUAUCGAAUGUAUCUACCAAUACAACAACAAACUAUAUACUUCAUAGUAUCAACGAUAUGAUAGACACACCAGAGAAGAUUUUGGUUGAGGCAGAACAAUCUAAAAGGAGUGCUAAAAGAAUACUGGAUGUUGUAGAAGCAAUCACAGAAAACAUUCAACUGAAAGAAGAACAACUCAGUGCUUCAUAUUCAAACCUUGGCAUUGGUGUUACCAAAAUGGAAAAUACUAAUUUCAAUGGUAGUUUCUAUGGUAUUUUAUCAGAUACCAAUGGAAAAGCGGCAAGGAAUAUGGUACAUAACUCUUCAUACCCGGAUCCCCAACAAGAGAAUGUAGCCAUGAUGGACUUUAUUUCAUUGCCAAAGAGUUUGUUCAAACAUGUGGCAAGGGAAAACCUGUCAACCAUUUCAAAGGUUCUCUUUUACUCCAUGAGCAAUGACAAGCUAUUCAGGGUAAUAGAAAAAGCUGACAACAAAACAAGUAGUAAAAUUAACAGCCAUAUUAUUGCUGCAAAUAUUCCUAAUAUUCAAAUAGCCAACCUUGUUGACCCAGUUACCAUAUCCUUCAGUCUAUUAGACAAGAAUGCCACCAACCUACAGUGUGCUUUCUGGGAUGAAACACCUGGACAGACUCCUCAUUGGUCUACAAAAGGCUGUGAUACUUCUGACUAUAUACCAGGAGAGAAAGUACUUUGCUCUUGUAACCAUCUUACAAGUUUUGCACUACUAAUGGAUGUUUACCAGAAUGAAGAAACUGUAAAGAGCGUUAAAAUUCUAUCUGCAAUAUCAAACAUUGGCUGUGGAAUUUCAUUUGUUUCCCUCAUCCUAACAGUUAUAGUCCAUGUUUGUUUCAGAAAUCUCUGGAAAUUAAUUACUUCAAAGAUUCUUGUAAAUUUAUGCAGCAGUUUAGCUGUGACUAAUCUCAUCUUUCUUGUUGGGAUGCAGUCUUAUGUUUCCAAAAUAAUAGCUGUUUGUAAGACAAUUGCUGCUUUGUUACACUACUUCCUUUUGACGACUAUGAUGUGGAUGACUAUAGAAGCAAUUCAUAUUUGCCUAUCUGUGAUUGUUCUGUCCACAACAUAUCAGAAAUAUUUUAUGAUAAGGAGUUCUGUUUUGGCUUGGGGUCUUCCAGCAAUCAUUGUCAUAAUUACUCUUGCAAUCAAUUAUACGAACAACUACAUAAGAAUUGCAGAAGUCUGCUGGUUGUCCAAGAUACCAUUCUACACUGCUCUUUUGUUACCUAUUGUGAUCAUUCUUGCCAUCAACCUUACCAUUUUUUCUCUUGUUAUCUGGCGUCUUGUCUCAGUGCAAAGCAACAAGAAAUUUGAACACAAAACAAGAAAAGUACGGGUUUGGGGCAUUGCUGGUCUCUUUUGUCUUUUGGGUCUCUCAUGGUUCUUAGCAUUCUUCACUUUUGGUGAAGUGGCUGAAGUGUUUAAAUACCUCUUUGUCAUAUUCAAUACACUUCAAGGAUUGUUUAUCUUCAUAUUCUACUGUCUAUACAAGAAAGAUACCAGAGAUAUCAUCUGUAUGUCUGUAAGGAGACAAAAGGAAAAGGAUCUGCAGAAAAGUACCAAGAACGAACCUAGUUCAAGUUCUGUUAAUCAAACAAAAGCUACAACAUUCGAAAUUACCCAGCAAAACUGACUCUAGAAAUUAUCUUUAAUUAUAUUUUUAUUCACAUAAGUAAACUUCUUUUAUGUUCUUUCAUAUAGAAAUCUUUAUUACUAAAUAUAUGUUAUGCAACUGAGACUAUAAUCAACAAUAAACUUAGACAGGUUUCUGUGCCCUAAAACACAGAAAGCAUGAAAAUCUUGUUUGAUUUGAAACUCUCAUAUUUUCUAAUUGCCAUUUUCCCUAUAAACUCUUAUGAUUGAAAAUUUCUGAAUAAAGAAUUAAAUCCUC